AUGUCCGGCUCUCGCUUGGCCCCCGUCGUACUCGACAAUGGAACAGGUUACACCAAGAUGGGGUCAGUCGCAACUCCACCAGUCGUGUCUGAAGCUGUCUCCGGAUCACAUCGAACGAGGGAGCGGUAGUAGUGUUGCGCACCCGCCCCACCAUCCUCGAGGCAGACGACCGCAGCCCACAUCGUCACCACCACCACCACCACCACCACCACCACCUCCCCCUCCUCCGUGACGCUCGGUCCAGUCCACCACGAGCUGCGUGCGCCCCGACCACCCAAGCUGACCCCAUACUCUCGUCCGUCCUCUCCACAGCUUCGCCGGUAAUUCGGACCCAUCUUUCGUGAUCCCGACCUGCAUCGCAACCCGUGGCUCUCCCUCCGGAUCGGCCUCACGAGCGCCCGCGGUCCCCUCCAAGCCGUCUUCGCUCGGCUCUCUCGGCUCCGGCUCGUCCAACAUCGCUUCCAAGCGAGGCAUCGAAGACCUCGACUUCUUCAUCGGCGACGAGGCCUUGGCCAACAACAAGACCUAUGCCAUCAACUACCCGAUCAAGCACGGCAUGAUCGACAACUGGGACCACAUGGAGCGCUACUGGGAACAGUGCAUCUUCAAGUACCUCCGCGCAGAACCCGAGGACCACUACUUUCUGCUGGUAAGGGGUGCACAGCAUGAGCCUGACUGUAUACGUUUCCAAUGCUAAAUCCCUCGCUACGGCCCUUCCACCCUAGACCGAGCCCCCUUUGAACCCUCCCGAGAACCGUGAAGCGACGGCCGAGAUCAUGUUCGAAUCCUUCAACGUCCAGGGUCUCUACAUCGCCGUGCAGGCCGUGCUCGCCCUCGCCGCAUCGUGGUCCUCGGCCAAAGUCACCGACCGCACCCUGACCGGUACCGUCAUCGACUCGGGAGACGGUGUGACCCACGUCAUCCCCGUCGCCGAGGGUUACGUGAUCGGGUCCUCGAUCCGUCACAUCCCCAUCGCCGGUCGCGACAUCUCGUCCUUUGUGCAGCAGUUGCUCCGUGACCGUGGCGAGACGGGGAUCCCUCCCGAGGAUUCGUUGAGGGUCGCCGAAAAGAUCAAGGAGGAUUAUUCGUACGUGUGCGGCGAUAUGGUCAAGGAGUUUUCCAAAUACGACAAGGACCCGAGCAAAUUUUUUGGCCUCUUUGAAGGUUUGGAUGCGAGGACGGGCAAGGUAAGCACUCAGUCACGGCUCAUAGGUGGGAGGGUUGAUGCCCAGAAGUGCUAAUAUCGGAGCGUCCCAUGGGUCUGGCAGAAAUACUCGGUCGACGUCGGUUACGAACGUUUCCUCGCGCCCGAGAUCUUUUUCAAUCCCGAGAUCGCUUCGUCCGAUUUCCUGACGCCGCUGCCCGAAGUCGUCGAUUCGGUCAUCCAAACCAGUCCCAUCGAUGUUCGUCGAGGGUUGUACAACGUGAGUCGAUGGAGCCCCUUGAGAGAUCUCUGUUCGACCCCAAGAAACUGAGAGGUCUGAGAGGUCUUCUCCUUCUCCCUCACAGAACAUCGUCCUCUCCGGUGGUUCGACCAUGUUCGACCAUUUCGGCCGUCGUCUGCAACGUGACCUCAAGCACCUUGUCGACACGCGCAUCGCGACGUCCGAAACCUUAUCCGGUGGACUCAUGCGUUCGACCGGAGUCAACGUCAACGUCGUCAGUCACAAGAAGCAAAGGUACGCCGUGUGGUUUGGCGGUUCUUUGCUCGCUUCGACGCCCGAAUUUUAUGGGUAUUGUCAUACCAAGGCCGAUUAUGAGGAACAUGGACCUAGUUUGGUCAGGAGGUUCGCGAUCUUUGGCCAGAGUUAG